AUGGAUUAUAACUCAUCUGAUCGAAGGUAGGAACAUUUGGUUGCAAAAGUGUUUAUGGCUUCAUAGAUUUUAUCUAUUUAAAUGGCUAGUAUGAUAAUAGUUUGUUAAAAAAUUUAGAUCAAAACAGAGAGGCAAGUCAAAAGGACUGUCCAGUCAUGAGCAAAAAGUAAAACUAUGGAAAGAUCGUAAUCAACAGUUGCCUCUUUUGAAGAAAAUCAAAGCUGCGCCUUCGUUGAAUAAAACUGUAAGUUCAUAUCCUGUGUACUUGUAUAAAAUUACAAGUAAUUUGCAGGCAGGUCUGGAAAUGACUUGUAAAAUUAAUAUGGGUCACUCUACAUGAUCAGAGAUUAGAUACCAAUCAUACCAUAAAAUUAUAUUUAAUUAUAUCUAUCUGAUGGUGAUGGAUAAUUUUUAUGAAUUUUAUCCAAACACUGAGUAUCAUUAGAAAUUUUCUUGGUUGGGCUAGUUAUACCUGUGCUGUACCCAUGCAGGUACGAUGUGUGGUAGUUUAGGGCUUCGGUGGCAAAGUGGUUAUAGCGCACUUGCCUUUCAAUCACUUCUUAAGGUCACAGGUUCAAAUGUCAGUAAGAACUUUCCCAAUGCAACUCGAAUCCAGUCCUCAUGUGAAAAGAGCAAAAGUCAAGUGAACGCUAGUGCCGAAAGUCGUGGGUUUUCUCUGGGUACUCCGGUUUCCUCCCACAGGGAACGUUGACUGGGUGGGUUAGGUAAAAGGGCCCAAAGUAAUUGGCAGAUAUGCUGUUGUGGUGACCCUGCCCUAGUUGGCAAAACUAAACAAAUAAAACCACUACAGCCAUCCUGUUCGGCGUUCGGCUCGCUGUACUCACAUGUCAUAUGCAACGUACACUAGAGAUGCAGGCACAUAAACAUAUAUUAUUAUACAGAUGUCCAUCUCUUGUUAGCACCUUGGAUGUCAGUGUAUCACGCCAUGAUUUGCAAUCGCAAUGCUGUUGCCGUGUUCCUAGCCAGUGUACUAAGAAAAGGUCAUCAUCCCUCUGAAAACAUUCAAAAUGGCCGGCUUAAUUGCUUACAGUAUACAUUCAGGUUGAGUGCCCUGGCUAGGAACAUAUGGGAACAGCGUUGCAUUAUAGCGAAUCAUGGCCCGGCUGCGGUUACAGGUUCUUGGCUGAGUUAACCUCUGUAUAUGUGUCAGUAUUCUUUGUCUACAAGUCAUAUAUUUGGGGUUUGUCCAAAGUUAAACAUUUUAAUUGGCAAAUGAAACCAAUAUUAUAAUAUUAGAUGCUUUUAUUAGGCUACAUUUAAUAAUUAAUUAAGCCACAAUAUUUGCUUUACUUUGUUAUUUUAUUCAAUCUGAUGGCAGACCAUUUUACUUUCAAUGGGGCCGAGUAUAUAGUGCAUAGUCAAUAUUAAUCCAUAAAUCAGCAAUGGGCUAAAGUGUGCCAACCUCAUUAUUAUUUUACCCCGUCUAACACCAGACGUUUUACUCGUCAAGAGGAGAGUCUAAUGUUCAUCAAUGGGUUAUCAAAACUACAGUAUCUGCCAAUGUCUCCAGCUGUUAACCCAUCGAACAGCAAUGUCCCCAAGUACUUUUAAUAUUAUAAUUUUACUCUGUCUAAUGCCAGACAAUUUUGCUCAUAUCAAGGGGAGAGUCUUGCACAUUAAUGAGUUAUUUUAGAGAAUUAAUAAAAUAUAAUUUAACAAGUGGAGAACUGCAACAACUAUCCAAAAAUAUGCAAGAAGUUACUAUUGAAAAUAGCAUCACCUGGUGUUAGACAUUAAUCUAUUGAGUGGCAGCUUGACAAUUAGGCGUAAAAAAAAAAUACCUGUGGUUCCCGUUCCCGACCGACCCUAUUUUUUUCUGCCGACCCUAUUAUUUUUUCAACGCGAUUGACCGUGCGACCCUAUUUUCUCCAGGUGGUUGCGGGCUGCUGCCAAAAUGGCGUCUGUAGUCACACUAAUUAUUGAACCAAAUUGCCUAAAUUCGUCCAUAGGAAAUACGCAUCUCUAGUUAAUAUUGAUGUCGAGACUCUACUGCAAAUCGCCCAGCAAAAAACCGCCAAAACCAUGAAAAAAAUAUUCAAAAAAAAUCUUUAUUUCCGACCUACCGACCCUAAUUUUUUCACGAUAUGAAACCGGAACCAUGUAGGUAUUUUUUUUUACGCCUUAAGUAAAAUGCUGUAAUCUGGCAUUUGACAGCUAGAGUAAAAUAAUAAUUAAAGUAGGUCACAUUAGGGCACGCUGAGUGAUGCAGCUUAAUUGAUUCAUUAAUUUUACACAAAGUACUCAGUACAGUAAAAUAACUUAAAUAAUUAAGGAAGACCACAUUUGUGAUAUGUAUACAAAUUUGUAUUAUAUACAAAAUAUAAGGCGUAAAAAAAAACCCUGUGGUUCCGCCUGUUCCUGACCGACCCUAUUUUUUUCUGCCGACCCUAUUAUUUUUUCAACACAAUUGACCAUGCGACCCUAUUUUCUCCAGGUGGUUGUGGGCUGCUCAUACAUAGCGUGCCAAAAUGGCAUCUGUUGUCACACUAAUUACUGAACCAAAUUGCCUAAAUUCGUCCAUAGGAAAUACGCAUCUCUAGUUUAAUAUUGAUGUUGGGACUCUUACUGCAAAUCGCCCAGCAAAAACCGCAAAAACCAUGAAAAAAAUGUUCAAAAAAAAAUUUAUUUCCAACCUACCGACCCUAAUUUUUUCACGAUAUGAAACCGGAACCACAGGGGUUUUUUUUAUGCCUAAGCUAGUACAUAAUCUACUGUGCUAAUAUCAUACACUUUAUUUUCUCAGGGACUAAAAGAUCCAUUUAAAAAGAUCCCCACUGCAAAGAAGCUUGUGAAAGAAAGUUAUUUUGGGUAAUUGUUAUAAUAAAAUCACUUUGCCAGUACCGGUACAUAUAAAGUUUGCCAGUGCAUAUAAAGUGCAUUGUCAAUGUACUGGGAUCUUAUCCAAACAAUAUUUUAAUCACGAUAUAUUGGUCUGAAAACUCUAGCUGUGUGUUAAGCCCAUUUUCCACUUGUCGAUUUGUUUGCACAAACAGUAAAAAAAGUAGGAACUGAUCCUACCUUUCCAAGCCAAUUUUUUCGCUGACCAAUUAAUCACAUUGCCAGGAUCGCUCCUCUUGUCGCUUCGAAUCCUGACUUUUAAUAAAUGUAGCUUUCAAGACUAAAUACCAGACUUUUGGACGUUUUGCCAAUAGAAUAAACUUUCAUAUGGCAGCCAUUUAUGAAUGUGGUCUAGUCAGGCCUUAAAACUACAUGUACAUAUUAAAGCAAGGAGAUACAACAAUUUGUUGCAAUUAUGUGGUAAUAAACAAUUACUGAACAGUAUUUGUUGCAAUUAAUUAUGAGGUAGUAAAUGUCUAAAAAUGACAUUGACAGCAACAUUUCAAAACUGUAACAUCAGACAUUACUAGUUUUGAAAACCACCCCAAACUUUGGCAUAACGUUAUGUAGUUUGGCAGUCAAAAGUGAAAGUCAUUGUCAUUUCACAUUAAACACGUGCAUACACCUACCGUGUUUGCACAAAUAUUUUCGGACGAAAGAUUGCCCAUACCUUAUUUGAUGUCUUCUACAAUAUUAACUUCUACCAGACAAGCAGAUUUACGCCAUUCACAGAACAUGUAUCUCUUUAUAUCACUUCGAAAAAGCUUGUGCCUCGUGCACCUCGAAAAACUAGCCCAAGAAUAUCCCUGAAAAUCCAUAUAAAACCCCUAAAAUACCCUUACAAAUUCAGUGAAAUCCCUAAAAAUAUCCGGAAAUCCCUAAACAUCUCUGCAUAUCCCAAAGUUUUGGAAACAUUCCAAAUAACGACCUGGAAAAAAAUCCCGGAAAUAUCCCACCGGAUUUUCAAAAUCCCUAAAAUUUCGUACAAACAUUUAUGAAUACCCUGCGUUAUUGCGUACAGAGUGACGCAUUUGAGGGUGUUUAGUAGUGUUAGUUUAGUAGUGUCUGCGCAUCAGGGCAACAUUUUUUGGUGAUGAACGAUGUCUUUUUAGACUUUUUAUCGCUGUAUCAUGGUUAAAACUUUAUCCCUCAAAAUGCCUGCUCAAAAUGUAAAGAUCCAUUGCGGUACGCACACGAAGUUAGGCGUCGCUUUAUGUUCGAUGUGUGUGUUUGUUUAAAUAGUCUGUUUAUAGUUACUUAGUUUGUUGGUUUGUUCGGAAUCACAAUGUUGCUAUUUAUACCCCUAUGAUGUAUUUACGACAGGUUUAAGCCACCAACAUACUGUUUUGCGCAUGCUCCUGAGCAUCAUGACUAGAAUGAUUGUCUGGUUCGUGAACAGUAUCAUAAUAUAGCUGCAUGCAAUAUUUUAUAAACAUUUUGUUACUUCAAACGUUAGGCUAGGGGUAAAUUAGGUGAGGCGUUUAGGUAACCAGUAUCCUGUUAUGCACAGGGUCUAACGUUAUUUUUUUAAAUAUAGUAUCCCUCAGUAUCACGGUGAAAAGACAAGACCAAUUCAAAAGGUGAAAGAAUAUUACCACUACUAAAAUCUGUUUUCUGCAGUCUGUCGAUCGGUUUUCUCUAAAAUUGUUUGAUCAAUAGAAAAAUGCAAAAAUAUAGAAAAAGACACUCAACGUGUGUUUCCCAAAUAAAAUUAUGUGACAGAUUUAACUUUACCAAAAAUGGCGUUACCGUUGCUUCUUUCGAGUUAAAUUAAGUUAAAGGGAAAAAAUGGGCUAUCUUAAAACGUCAUGGUUACCAUAGCGACGGCAGUGACGUAAAAUAAUCUGGUGUUAGAUAGAGUAAAAUAACAAAGUAGGGUACAUUUGGGUUCAUUGCAGCUCAACGGGUUAAUAAUAAACGACAUGAAAUGGACAUGGUGUUCCAUACUGAUUAUAUUGAAUAUUUCAUUGAGACAAAAAUUUUGCAGUGGCAAUUCAGUUUUCUAGUGACAAAAUCAUACUCAAUAAUGGUCCCAUUUCAAGUGCUUCUUUUGAAAUUUUUUUAUAGAAAUUUGAUAUUUACGCAUUGAAAGAUGGUUUACCACACUUGCCCAAAGCAAGCAAAGAAAUUAAUAACCAGGAGCAGGUAAGGAAGAUGAUUAUAACUAGCGCACUAAGGGGCUGUCACGAAAAAAAAUUAUUACAAAACCGUGGAAUUACAAACCGUAAAUAAUAUUAUGCAGAACAUGCUUUUUUUGUUGUGAACAGGGGAGGAAAGGUUUAGAAGAGAACGAGGAGGUUUCCGGAUUCCGUCCUUUAAAACUAGAGUUUACGAGAGAGCUUAUUUAA